AUGUCACCCCCGACCUCUAAGCGGAACAGCGGUAAUGGCAUCACCACCAUCGACAAGCUCGACUACCCACCAAACUCGCCGCGCCGCCCUCUGCUAGCCCCCGACAGCGAUACCGAAUCCCAGCGACGCAGCCAGGACACGAGCUACGCAGGCAGCUUCUUCGAGCAGGUGGCUGAAGGCAUCUACGAGCAAGACCGCGUCAAGAUGCAGCGCGCCGUGCUGCGAUGGCUGAGCUUCGUGUGGGCCAUCGUCAUCUGCCUAUGCGCUGGUAGCAUCACCGCCUUCUCUCUGUACGGCCACUUGUUCCAGUCCAAGCUGCACUACACCCAGGUCCAGGUCAACAUCGUCUCCAUCGGCGCCGAGCUCGGCCUCUACCUCCUCGUCCCCAUCUUCGGAUACCUCUGCGACCGGCUGGGCCCCGGUGUCCCUGCCGGUCUUGCAGGCCUGCUCUUCGGCUCGGGAUACCUGCUGGCAGCCUUCACCUUCAGGAGCGGUCCUCCGCCAUCGGCAGGCGGUCAUGGAUGGCCCCAUGGCGUCAUGGUGCUGGCCUUUGCCCUUGUCGGCAUGGGCACAAGCUGCAUGUACCUGUCUGCAGUAACAACAUGCGCGAAGAACUUUGGACGCGGGAACGCCAAGGGUGUGGCUCUGGCAGUGCCCAUCGCAGCCUUUGGACUGAGUGGCAUGUGGCAAAGUCAGGUUGGAAGCCGGCUGCUAUACGUGAGGAACCCGGAUGGGACCAAGGGAGACGUCGAUGUGUUCCGCUUCUUCCUCUUCCUCGGCAUUCUCCUGUUCUGCGUUGGUGCUAUUGGCUUCUUUGCGCUGCGCAUCAUGGACGAAGAAGAGAUGAUCGACGAUGCAGUGGACGAGCUCGAGAGAUCUGGUCUUCUGCAGCGCGACGAGUUCUUUACCCAGGCUGCGAGCCAUCAUGGCUACGGAACCAUGGAGACCCAGGACCUUUCCGACUCGACAUUCGACUUCCUGCAGUCCGAGGCUGAGCGUCUCAAGGCCAAGGCAGAAGAAGAGGCACGGAAGAAGACAUGGCUGCUGAACGAGGAGACUCGUCGAUACAUCAUGGAUCCCACCAUGUGGUGGCUCGCAGGAGGCUUUUUCCUCGUCACUGGGCCCGGUGAAGCUUUCAUCAACAACCUAGGCACCAUCAUCGAGACCCUGACACCUGCGCACGUGGCCACAAACACGUCGCCAGCAACCCACGUAUCCAUUGUCGCCAUCACCUCCACACUCGCUCGCUUGAUCACCGGCACACUUUCCGAUGUCCUCGCCCCAGUCGCUCCCGUCCACCAGCACCGCCGCGGACCAGAAUCCAUGGCGAACUCGCUGUCGUCUCUCCCACCUCUCGAGCAACCGCCCAAGAGGUUCACCGUCUCGCGUAUAACCUUCCUCCUGGCAUUCGCUUUCAUCCUCUCCCUUGGAGAACUCCUACUGGCAAGUGGGUGGGUGCAGAACCAUGCCUCUCGCUUUGCCGCCGUCUCUGCACUCAUCGGUGCCGGUUAUGGAGCCGUCUUCUCGCUGACACCCAUUGUCGUCUCAGUAGUAUGGGGCGUUGAGAACUUUGGUACAAACUGGGGUAUUCUAGCCAUGACUCCCGCAGCAGGUGCCACACUCUGGGGUGCCGUCUACGCUACUGUGUAUCAGAAAGCUGCCGAGAAUGGCGAAGAGGGCGUUCAGAAGGAUCCUGAAGAUGUUCUCUGUCACGGAAAGGCUUGCUAUGCAUCCACGUUUUGGGCCAUGACCAUAAGCGUAUGGAUUGCCAUGGGUCUCUUCCUGUGGGCUUGGAGAGGCCCUGGUGGCUGGAAGAGGAGGGGCGUUGCUGUAUGA